AAUGACAAGUUCGUGUUUUAACUGUACUCACUUUAGCAGUGACGAUCUUGAGAUGGUUCUAGAAGAGGAGGAGGAGGAUGAGGAGGAUGGUUAUGGAUACAACUUUAAUUAUAGAGUUCCAAUUCUUGCAGGCCUAGUGGUGAUUUCUCUAAUUGGAAAUACAGCUGCACUUUGUAGACUCUUCUUUGGUCUAGAAAGCACUCAGGGAGCAAGGUUGUGGCACAGAAAAGGAUCAUUAGUUUUCUUGAACCUUAUUAUAGCAGACUUUUUGGUCACGGCAUUCUCAAUGGCAGGACAAUGUCUGUGGGAGGCAACGGGAUGGAUUGGUGGAAAUUCUUAUUGUAAAUUUCUUAAGUUCAUGCAGACCUUCUCCCUUACGUUAUCCAACUAUAUGCUGGUCACUAUUGCUAUUGAGAGACAUAGAGCAGUCAGUAACCCUCUUCAUCAUUCAGGAGCAUCUUACAGAAUGCUGAUCACAACAUGGGUUUCAUCAGCUCUCAUUUCUUUUCCAUCGAUCUUUAUCUUCAGCAUUAAUAAAUCCCAGGUAAGAGAUCAUUAG